AUGCCUUUAACAUUAGCCGUGGCGCAUACCGAUGAUAUCCCAAAUAUUACCGCGGCAGAGUGGAAUGCUUUUGAAAACCCUCUCCAGCCCAUCUUUCGCUUAUACUGCCCUAUCACUGACAACAACCGCGUCGCAUCAAUAGCCCGAUACGCAAAGGAACUCCAGGGAGACCUCCAGGAGCAGCAUACAAACAUAGAAAAUGUGUGGCUCAAGGUUGUUGAUUCCGACAGAGCAGAUGAGGACGUGAUCGUUGGCGGCGCACAGUGGCUCUUCAUCACCCAAGAGACUGCUUCCAUCGAGCAAAGUGUCCGGUCACUGUCAAAGCGCUAUCCCGAAGGUGGGGCCAAGAUCUUUGCCAGCCAGGCAUUUCGCAUCCUCCGUGAAGCCGAGGCCAAACAUAAAGCAGGACAGAGCGGACAGCAUUCUUACGCUACCCUCGGUACCUUUUUCACCAUACCGGAGUACCGCAAGUGCGGCAUAGGCAAUCUGCUCAUGGAAUGGGGACUGAAGCGAGCUGACGAAAAGGGACUGGAGGCUUGGAUUGAGGCCGUGCCUCCAGCGGUAUCGUUCUAUCAACGCCAUGGGUUCAUGCCAAUGGAAACUACUUACUUGGAUCCGGAACGUCCAGUUGGUUUAACGGAGGAGGAGUGUGCAGAAUGGGAUGAUACAGCGAAAUCAAUUCUGCCAAUAACUGCAAUCGUUAUGUGUCGGCCGGCGAGUAUCAACAUUUCCAAAUAA